GGCUCGAGCGGCUGCGGCGGGCGCCCGCGAGGAGCGCGGGCACUGGGCGGGCAGGCCGCGUCGCGCUCACCAUGGUCAGCUGCUGGGACACCGGGGUCCUGCUGUGCGCGCUGCUCGGCGGUCUGCUUCUCACAGGAUCUAGUUCAGGUUCAAAAUUCAAAGGUCCUGAGCUGAGUUUAAAAGGCACCCAGCACGUGAUACAAGCAGGCCAGACGCUGUAUCUCAAAUGCAGAGGGGAAGUGGCCCAUGCGUGGUCUUUGCCUGCAACAGUGAGUCAGGAAAGCCGGAGGCUGAGCAUAACUAAAUCUGCCUGUGGAAGGAGUGGCAAGCAGUUCUGCAGUACUUUGACCUUGAACGCCGCUCAGGCAAACCACACCGGCUUCUACAGCUGCAGAUACCUAUCUCCACCUGCUUCAAAGAAGAAGAAAGCAGAAUCCACCAUCUACAUAUUUAUUAAUGAUACAGGUAGACCUUUCCUAGAGAUGCACAGCGAAAUCCCCCAAAUCAUAAACAUGACGGAAGGAGAGGAGGUCGUCAUCCCGUGCCGGGUCACGUCACCCAACAUCACUGUCACUUUAACAAAGUUUCCACUUGAUACUCUGGUCCCAGAUGGGAAAAGAAUAACCUGGGAUAGCAGGAAGGGUUUUACAAUAUCACGGGCAACCUACAAGGAAAUCGGGCUUCUGACCUGUGAAACGGCUGUCGGCGGGCACUCGUUCAAGACCAACUAUCUCACACUCCGACAGACCACCACAAUCACAGACGUCCAGAUCAGCACGCCCAGCCCAGCCAGGUUACUGAGAGGCCACACUCUCACCCUCAACUGCACGGCUACGACUCCCUUGAACACGAGAGUUCAGAUGACCUGGAGUUACCCUGGGGAAAUAAAUAAGAGAGCUUCUAUAAGGAGAAGAAUUGACCGACGCAGUUCCCAUAACAAUGUAUUCUACAGCAUCCUGAUUAUUGACAAAGUGCAGAGCAAAGACAAAGGACUGUACACUUGUCACGUGAAGAGUGGCCCAUCCUUCAAAUCUGUCAACACUUCCGUGCAUGUCUAUGAUAAAGCAUUCAUCACUGUGAAGCAUCGAAAACAGCCUGUGCUGGAAACUGUAGCUGGCAAGCGGUCUUACCGGCUCUCCAUGAAAGUGAAGGCGUUUCCCUCGCCGGAAGUCGUAUGGUUAAAAGAUGGGUUACCGGCCACUGAGAAAUCUGCCCGCUACUUGGUUCAUGGCUAUUCGUUAAUUAUCAAAGAUGUAACUGCAGAAGACGCAGGGGAUUACACAAUCUUGCUGGGCAUAAAGCAGUCGAAUGUGUUUAAAAACCUCACUGCCACUCUGAUUGUAAAUGUGAAACCCCAGAUUUAUGAAAAGGCUGUGUCAUCGUUUCCAGACCCGAUCCUCUACCCACUGGGCAGCAGACAGAUCCUGACGUGUACAAGCUAUGGUGUCCCUCAGCCUACGAUCAGGUGGUUCUGGCAUCCCUGUAACCGUAACCGUUCCAAAGCAAGGUAUGACUUUUGCUCAAGUAAUGAAGAGUCCCUUAUCCUGGAUGCUGACAGCAACGUAGGAAACAGAAUUGAGAGCAUCACUCAGCGCACGGCAGUAAUAGAAGGAAAGAAUAAGACGGCUAGCACCUUGGUUGUGGCUGAUACUAGAAUUUCUGGAAUCUACAGUUGCAUGGCUUCUAAUAAAGUAGGGACUGUGGAAAGAAACAUAAGCUUUUAUGUCACAGACGUGCCAAAUGGAUUUCACAUUCACGUGGAAAACAUGCCUACGGAAGGAGAGGACCUGAAACUGUCUUGCACAGUUAACAAGUUCUUAUACAGAGACAUCACCUGGAUUUUGCUGCGGACAGUUAAUAACCGAACAAUGCACCACAGUAUCAGCAAGCAGAAGACGGCCGUCACUAAGGAGUACUCCGUGACUCUGAACCUUACUAUCAAGAAUGUUUCCCUGGAAGACUCAGGCACCUAUGCCUGCCGAGCCAGGAACACGUACACAGGGGAAGAAGUCCUCCAGAAGAAAGAAGUUACAAUUAGAGAUCAGGAAGCGCCGUACCUCCUGCGCAACCUCAGUGACCACACAGUGGCUCUCAGCAGCUCCACGACCCUAGACUGUCAUGCAAACGGCGUUCCAGAACCCCAGAUAACCUGGUUUAAAAACAACCACAAAAUACAACAAGAACCUGGAAUUAUUUUAGGACCAGGAAGCAGCACGCUGUUUAUUGAAAGAGUCACGGAAGAGGAUGAAGGCGUCUAUCACUGCAAAGCCACCAACCAGAAGGGGUCCGCGGAGAGUUCAGCCUACCUCACCGUUCAAGGAACCUCAGACAAGUCCAACCUGGAGCUAAUCACUCUGACGUGUACCUGUGUGGCUGCAACCCUCUUCUGGCUCCUGUUAACGCUCUUUAUCCGAAAACUGAAAAGGUCUUCUUCUGAGAUUAAAACUGACUAUCUAUCAAUUAUCAUGGACCCAGAUGAAGUUCCCCUGGACGAGCAGUGUGAACGGCUCCCUUAUGAUGCCAGCAAGUGGGAGUUUGCCCGGGAGAGACUUAAACUGGGCAAAUCGCUCGGAAGAGGGGCUUUUGGAAAAGUGGUUCAAGCAUCGGCUUUUGGCAUUAAGAAAUCCCCCACGUGCCGGACUGUGGCUGUAAAAAUGCUGAAAGAGGGGGCCACGGCCAGCGAGUACAAAGCUCUGAUGACCGAGCUCAAGAUCCUGACCCACAUCGGCCACCAUCUGAAUGUCGUCAACCUGCUGGGAGCCUGUACCAAGCAAGGAGGGCCUCUGAUGGUGAUCGUGGAGUACUGCAAGUAUGGAAAUCUAUCCAACUACCUCAAGAGCAAACGGGCCUUGUUCUUUCUCAACAAGGAUGCAGCAUUACACAUGGAGCCUAAGAAAGAAAAAAUGGAGCCGGACCUGGAGCAAGACAAGAAACAAAGACUAGACAGUGUCACCAGCAGCGAGAGCUUCGCAAGCUCCGGGUUCCAGGAAGAUAAAAGUCUGAGUGAUGUUGAGGAAGAGGAGGAUCCUGACGAUUUCUACAAGCAGCCCAUCACGAUGGAAGAUCUGAUUUCUUACAGUUUUCAAGUGGCCAGAGGCAUGGAGUUUUUGUCUUCUAGAAAGUGCAUUCAUCGGGACCUGGCCGCAAGAAAUAUUCUUUUAUCUGAGAACAAUGUGGUGAAGAUUUGCGAUUUUGGCCUUGCCCGGGAUAUUUAUAAGAACCCCGAUUAUGUGAGGAAAGGCGAUACUCGACUUCCUCUGAAGUGGAUGGCUCCUGAAUCCAUCUUUGACAAAAUCUACAGCACCAAGAGUGACGUGUGGUCUUAUGGAGUACUGCUGUGGGAAAUCUUCUCCUUAGGUGGGUCCCCGUAUCCGGGCGUGCAGAUGGAUGAGGACUUCUGCAGCCGCCUGAAGGAAGGCAUGCGGAUGAGAGCCCCGGAAUACGCCACUCCUGAAAUCUAUCAGACCAUGCUGGACUGCUGGCACAGAGACCCCGCAGACAGGCCGCGAUUCGCAGAGCUUGUGGAGAAACUAGGCGACCUGCUCCAAGCCAACGUACAGCAGGACGGGAAGGACUACAUCCCACUCAACGCCAUACUGACAGGAACCAGCGGGUUCACGUACUCAACUCCUGCCUUCUCUGAGGACUUCUUCAAGGAAGGUAUUUCUGCUCCAAAGUUUAAUUCAGGAAGUUCUGAUAAUGUCAGAUAUGUAAAUGCUUUCAAUUUCAUCAGCCUGGAAAGAAUCAAAACCUUCGAAGAACUUUCACCAAAUGCCACCUCCAUGCUUGAUGACUACCAGGUGGACAGUGGCAGUCUGCUGGCAUCCCCCUUGCUGAAGCGCUUCACCUGGGCUGAGAGCAAACCCAAGGCUGCGCUGAAGAUCAACUUGAGAGUAACCAGUAAAAGCAAGGAGUCCGGGCUUUCUGACCUCCCCAGACCCACAUUUUGCCAUUCCAGUUGUGGGCACAUCAGCACGGGCCAGCGCAGGUUCACCUACGACCACUCGGAGCUGGAGAAGGCCAUCUCCUGCUGCUCCCCUCCCCCCGACUACAACUCGGUGGUCCUGUGUCCCACCCCGCCCGUCUAAAGCCUGACGCACAGCCUGACUUCUAGAGCCACGUGUGUACUUAUAGCCCCCCAAAACUAGCUUUUGCCAGUAUCAUACAUAUAUAAAUGUACACCGCCCUCUCCCCCUGGGAGCAGCUGCUUGUUCUGAUUUGUAACAGUGCUUUUUUCUCUUUUAACUAACAAAAAUGUAACCCCAGACACGCAAAGGGCACCACGGCUAAUCCUCACUUCACUCGGUGCGUAAGAGCCGUCCUCUCUGAGCCCAGGGACUGACCUCUGCUCCCGGACCUCAGGGCAGCAGGGCCCAGAGGGCUCGGGAGACACGCUGGGCACCAGCAGCGCGGGCUCCACGCCAGCUGCUGCGGCCCCAAUCCUGGUCCUCCAGCAGCCGAGGCACGUAGGAGGGGAGGGAAGAAGGGAGCGAGGAAGAAGAGGAGAGAAAAUAGGACAGGCCUCUGAGGAGGAAACGGAGGGAUUUGAGCUGAACCGCGCGCGGGAGGGAGGAGAGGCCUUGGCAUGGCCACCCGGUGGCACAUGAAAGAACCCGGCCAGGGAGCAGACAGGACAGAGGGGUGCGGGGAGUGAGCAAAGGACAAACAUUAUUUUUGGAAUUACAUGGCAAAUUUGUAAACGUCAGUGAUGGGGACGGGUUCUGCGCCUACCACCAAGGCGCACAUGGUUUAUUUCUGGCAUUUCGGCCCGGCCUCUGGACCCGCACCACGAGCCAAGUGUGCCCUGGGCUGACAGCCUCGCACCCCGCACACCGCCCGAGUGAGUCUGAUCUGUUAGGUUAUCUGCUGGGCUUAAAGCCACGCUUUCAACAGUAAUGUCAGAGUCUAUUUUGAGUAUGAAUACCUAGUCAAGACACUUUUUUUUUUUUUUGUAUUAACCUGUUUCAUGCAAUUAGUUUUAAAAGGACGCUGAGAAGGAAAAAGCAGUCUUGUGGAGGUUUUCUCUAGAUCCAAACUAGGAGAGAUGGAAUCAUUUAGACCCCAGUUAGGAUAGAUGGAAUAAAAGAGAAGGCAGAGUGAAAACCCCAUCUCUCCACCAACCAAACUGACUCCCUGAAACAGUGGGGACCCAAAGGUCAGGAAGUCAGCCUGGCCCCCCCUUGUGUAAUGGGGGCCCCAGUAUCUCAUGUCGUCUCCCAGACGGAAGAGCAUUAACCAAUGUCUAUGAAGCACUUUAUGCUCCUUGAGAAAAAAGGUGGUAUGUAAUGUAUGCAAGAUAUUUCUAGAAUUGGGACUCAGGAUAUUAGUUAAUGAGCCAUCAGUAGGAGAAAUGCCUCUUUCGUCUACUGUGGGCCCUGCCUUUGGUCUGAGGAUGAUGGAAAUGGGAGACAGGGUACCAAAGGGAAGCCCUGGUCUCUCACUGGCUCUGCAUUUAGGAUGUCUGCAUCUUCUGGGGCCAGUCAGAGCCGGACAGGCUGCCGGAACUGCUGAGAACGGAGUCCUGCCAGUGGCUGAACGUGAGGGCCUUAGUCAUAAGGGGCAGGCGAGUCUGGACCCCUUCCCUGUGUGCCAGUCUUGUUUCAAGGCUCUUGGUGUGAAGAGAUUGGGAGAGGAGGCCUGUCCCCGGCGAGACAGUGGCUGCUCCCGUGGGGGCCUGGCUGGAGGGACUCUGGCCAGUCUCCACCAAAAGUCACGUCCACACACAACCCAGCCAGGGCAGGCGGGGGGGGGGGGGGCAAGGACUUCGUGCGCCCUCUUGUCUCCAAGCACGAGAGCACCUGUGACCGCUGGCCACAGUAUCAGUCAGGUAACCCGGAGGAGGUGCAACAGGGAAAAUGUAAGAAGACCACGAUCAGUUCUCUUGUUUUUUUCAGAUCAGUUAAGGAUCCAGCAAUUGGGGAAAACAAAGAAAAACCUUAGCUAUACCUAUGUCUCGAUUUCAAUACUCUUAACUCUUAGUCAUCAAGAGACCUUAAUGAUACCAUCUUUCCAAAACAAAAAGAACCUGUUAGAGGAUGUUAAUUCGCUUCCUUAAGACUCGGGUCUGUCCGCAGGCCAGCCUGUUCCAGUGGGAGUCCUAACGCAGAGAAAACAAGCUGGGGGUAGUGAGUACGUCUAGCUGCAAAGGGCUUGCCACAGACUAGUUCGCUGAAGCAGCACUGAAAAUUUCAACACUGAUUAACUGAACCAUUUGUCAUUUCUGACAAAAAUGGUAGGUGGGAACAGUGCAGGAACAAGCACGUCCUUUCAGGACUGGGGGGACGUGUACCCUUGACAGGGAGUGGGGAGGGGGCUGGACCCACGCGCAAGCCUGCCUCUAGUCUAAGCAUGAUGCUCAGACCCGAGUCUCAGCCCGCGGAAACAGUGUGCCCAAAUUCUGAAAAUGUUGCCUAGGUCUUCUGGAUAUGCCUUAUUCCCUAGCCCACGAGAAUGGCAAAUGUAAUACUUGCCAGCCCCUUUUAACUGAUUAAAGAAGGAGCGCAUCUUUGACUGACAGUGGUAGUAACUAUAUGUAUAUGUGUGUGUGUGUUUUGUGCAUAACUAUUUAAGGAAACUGGAAUUUUAAAGUUACUUUUAUACAAACCAAGAAUAUAUGCUGCAGAUAUAAGUAAGACAUAAUGUGGUCCUACAUCUCUAGUCACUAUGAAUGUAUUUUGUAUGCUAUCUUCAUAUAAUAAAAUUAACUUCCAAAAACAUCUA